UCACGCCGGCCAUAUUGACGGGCUUCAGCUGCUCUCUGUCUCUCACUCUCCCUCUCCCUCUCUCUCUCCCUCCCGCUCUCUCACCUUGCUCUGGAUAUUUACAGGCUAAACCUUACUCCUCUCUUUCCCUUCUGAUCGAAUUAGCGUGCCAACAGGAUACAGGGGCUCUUCAAAAAAGCAGUUCAGGAGGUUUUUCUGCUCCUGUGUUUCAUUCUUAAAGGAUUUCUGGAGUUUAUUUCAGCUCUAGGAAGACGCGGUGCUUCCGCCGAGGGCCUGCGCCAAAAGGAUUUGGGUCGUCCUGUAACGGAGGACGAGUUUCUCCCUUUUUUUUUUUUUCCCCCCUGGAUAAGCGGCAAGGGAGGAGGUGAAGAUGCCGAAACCGAUCAAUGUACGGGUGACUACGAUGGACGCCGAGCUGGAGUUUGCCAUCCAGCCCAACACCACAGGCAAACAGCUCUUUGACCAGGUGGUGAAGACUGUGGGGCUGCGUGAAGUCUGGUUUUUCGGGUUGCAGUACACGGACAGUAAGGGUUACACCACGUGGCUGAAGCUCAAUAAGAAGGUGACUCAGCAGGAUGUGAAGAAGGAGAACCCGCUGCAGUUCAAGUUCAGAGCAAAGUUUUUCCCAGAGGAUGUUUCCGAAGAGCUGAUCCAGGAGAUCACACAGCGCCUUUUCUUUCUUCAGGUGAAGGAGUCCAUUUUGAACGAUGAGAAUUAUUGUCCUCCUGAGACCGCAGUGCUUCUGGCGUCCUACUCGGUCCAGGCCAAAUACGCCGACUACAACAAGGACAUCCACAAGCCUGGCUAUCUUGCCAACGACAGGCUUCUGCCACAGAGAGUUCUAGAGCAACACAAACUGACUAAAGAACAGUGGGAGGAAAGGAUACAGACUUGGCAUGAGGAGCAUAGAGGCAUGCUCAGAGAGGACUCCAUGAUGGAGUAUCUGAAAAUCGCUCAGGAUCUAGAGAUGUACGGCGUCAACUACUUUGAGAUCAAGAAUAAAAAGGGGACCGAGCUGUGGCUGGGAGUGGAUGCUCUGGGUCUCAACAUUUACGAACACGAAGACAAGCUUACACCAAAGAUUGGCUUUCCUUGGAGCGAAAUCCGUAACAUUUCCUUCAACGACAAGAAAUUUGUCAUCAAGCCCAUCGAUAAGAAAGCACCAGAUUUCGUGUUCUACGCGCCACGGUUGCGGAUCAAUAAACGGAUCCUGGCUCUGUGCAUGGGUAACCACGAGCUUUAUAUGAGGAGGAGAAAGCCAGAUACCAUUGAGGUGCAGCAGAUGAAGGCCCAAGCCAGAGAGGAGAAACACCAGAAACAAAUGGAGAGGGCUCAGCUUGAAAACGAAAAGAAGAAGCGUGAGCUUGCAGAAAAGGAGAAGGAAAGAAUAGAGCGUGAGAAGGAUGAGCUGAUCGAGCGACUGCGACAGAUUGAAGAGCAAACGGCGAGAGCACAGAGAGAGCUGGAAGAACAGACACGUCGGGCUCUAGAACUGGACCAAGAAAGGCAGAGGGCAAGAGAAGAGGCUGAGAGACUGGAGAGAGAUAAACUGGCAGCCGAGGAGGCCCGAGCAGCGCUGGCCAAACAAGCAGCAGAUCAGAUGAAGAACCAGGAACAACUGGCUGCAGAACUGGGUGAGUUCACCGCCAAAAUCGCCCUGCUGGAGGAGGCCAAGAGAAAAAAGGAAGAGGAGGCAAAUGAAUGGCAGCACAAAGCUAUUUCAGCUCAGGAGGAUCUGGAGAAGACCAAAGAAGAGCUGAAGACCGUGAUGACCGUGGCAGUACCAGCAGGCAGCUCGGCAGAGAACGAGCACGAUGAGCACGACGAGAGCAGCGCCGAGGCCAGCGCCGAGCUCUCCAACGACGGCGUGGCGCAUCCACACACCGAGGAAGACCGUCUCACCGAAGCCCAGAAAAACGACCGUGUCAAGAAGCAGCUCCAAGCCCUGAGCUCAGAGUUGGCGCAGGCCCGGGACGACUCGAAGAAGACGCAGAACGACAUGCUGCAUGCGGAGAAUGUCAAGGCCGGCCGCGACAAGUACAAGACGCUGCGCCAGAUCCGGCAGGGAAACACCAAGCAGCGAAUCGAUGAGUUCGAGUCCAUGUGAGGAGCGCUGACCCCUGAACCCUGACCCCGCCCCACCCCGCCCACUUUCCAGCCCCACUCUCAAAGCUGCAGCCCUGAUGCCUUGGCAGCUGGCUUAUAAGCACAGCUUUCAUUCUUUGGGUUUUUUUUUUUUUUUUUUCUUCACCAGCCCAUCCCACCAUAUGACCUUUAACCCAUGGCGCUUGAUAUAAUUCUACUCUGCAGAGAGGCUAGAGGGACGUGGUCGCCACCUUCCCCUCACGCUUUGCCAAAGCUCUCAUCGUCAGCCAAUCAGGCUGCUUGUUUUCAAGCUCCUCCCACUCGAUUCAUCCAUUUAGGAGCAAGCUAUGUAUCAUAUCUUUAUGAACAUUUCAAAUAUUUUUUUUUCUUUAAAUGAUAGAGAUACUAAAAUGGAAAUGUCAUUUUAUAUAUAUAUAUAUAUAUAUAUAUAUAUAUAUAUAUAUAUAUAUAUAUAUAUAUAUAUAUAUAUAUAUAUAAGGAAAUGGCAAAAAGAUCAAAAUUUAUCGAAAUGGCCAUUCAUUCUUUGUGUUCAUUUAGAGUUCGCCCGCUUUAUACACUUUAUUCGCCGUCUUGAUUUACAACGAGCUCAAAGUAUCUAAUAAGUUUCUUUAGUUCCUCACCCGUUCUAUUAACACGCUGCUCUUAAUUUCUGCUGUUAGCAAGUUUCGACAUCGCACGGCGGGUCUCGUUUGGGAUUUUCACCUCCACAUAAAACUCCCCUGCCCCCCCCAGCAAGCACAUGAAGAUAAUCUCAUAACGAGUGCAAAAACAAACCUGUUAAAUAUCGAAUAAUUCAGUAAGAAUCAAAUAACCAAAACUACGGAUCACCAAAGGGAAGCUGUUGUCUGUGUCUGCCUGGUGUGAAAGAUUCGAACGGGGAAAAGUCGUUUAAGAUGACGAGCGCUGGUUUGCGAGUGGAAUGGGAGUCGGCGUAAGCCGUGUCGGGACGUUUCAGAGUCUGGUGUCUGUUUUUCUUUUUGUUCCGUCCUCAGACUCGCAGUGUUUCAUGUCCAGUCUCCAUACGGAUGGUUUUCCCUGCCUGCCGGCUCACAAAGGCCCUGUCAGAUAGGCAGACAGAGCAGCUGCUUCAGUGUGGAAGAUGAAGUGUGUGCAGAUCUGUCUACCUCUCUGUGUGUGUGUGUGUGUGUGUGUGUGUGUGUGAGAGAGAGAGAGAGAGAGAAUAGCGAAAGCCUUUCUGGCCGGGGAGCAUAUGAAAACAUCAGUCCUGGCAUCAGGACAGCUCUCUACCUCAUUAAUGUAAAGCGUGGAGACUGAAUUGUCAAACACUGAGUGUGCUGAGAGACAGGAAAGACCGGUGAGAAGGUUUUCUGCUCUCGGUGUAGCGUUAAUGUCAUCUCGCUGUGUGUGUGUGUGUGUGUGUGUUAGUCUCAGUAUGAAUUCAGAGCUCAGUAUUAUGUCCAGAUCCAGAUUAAGUAGUGUCGUUCACCACCUUCACCACGUGACCUGUAGACCUAACGACGUCCGAUACCAAAGCCGUCCCGACGCGGAAACUGUGCCGAGUUCAGAGUAGCACAUCGCCGUGGUCACGCGUAGCAGACUCGAACCCGUGAUCGUCUUCGUUUCCUCCUCCUUUUACUUCACAAGACACGGUUUUGCGCGUAUUUGAUUAUAAAAGAUGAUUUGGAAGGGUGCGAGUUUCUCGUGUUUUUCCUCUCUGUGCUUUCUUGCAGUGAGAUUAAAGCAAAUGAAGACCGGUAGGAAGUUUUAUACAUCGAAGACGAUCCAUCUCCCGCGUUAUUCCUAGAGUCAUUCAUGUAGUUCUACUUCUACUUCCUUGACCGUAUCUGUUACAUGCUCAUCUUGUGUCAAGAGAGAGCAGACCACUAAAACAUUUCCUGUUCACUUUUCCGCCACGUCUACACCAACCCUUUAUACAAUGUUCUAAAAUAAUUACUUGAUUUCAAAAUGAAGGAGUAUUUAGUGUAAUAAUCUGGAUUUUUUUUUUUUCUUCAUUUUAUAUCUUUCAAUGUGAAUUGUUUAAUUUUACACUAGUGAAGGCAGAAAAGGUCAAGAAGCACUUGUUUUGGUGGUUGAGACACUAAAAGUUCAAACAAACCCAGCAUCUUGGUGUCCAGGAAUUGCCAUAGAAGAGAAAAUUCUGUGCUUCCAAAAAGAAAAUAAUUUUUUUUAUUGCUUUAUAAAUUCGAACCACCGGAGUUAGCACACUAGCUUUCACUGAAGGGGGAAGGGUUGCUACCUUAAUGCCACGAUGGUGUAACGUUGUUGCUUUGAGUUAUUGUUAUUUUUUUUGUUUUGUUUGGAGUCAGGUGGAUUUUGGCCUGCUGGCAUUGGAGUGAUUUUGGGAGAAAAACAACCAGAGCAAAGCUGCCACUGCUGCUUCUGGAACCAGCUGUCAUGUUUGCAGUUUGUUUGUUUGUUUUUCGUUCCCCCCUUUUUAUGUUUAUAUAGCUUUCUGUUACAUAGAAAUCACAGUCGAGCUUUGUCCAUGAUUACAUAUGUUUAAAAAAUAAUAAUAAUAAUAAUAAAGAUGAAAUAUGUA